CAAUCAGUGCGAGCUUGGAACCACUUGAGAUUCAAAGGCUAAUCUAAUCGGAGUAUAGCCUGCAAUUUUCUUAGCCAUCAGUUCACUUUGUUCAGUCAGUUUGUCCAGCGAUUUGAAACCGAUUAAACCAUCAUGACUGGGAAGCGUAAAUUGGACUCCCAUCUGCUAUUCCUUAUAGCGGUUGGACUACUCAUCACGGGUUUAACCAUAGUUGACUCUUUAGAAUGCUAUACUUGCGACUCUGCCGAAGAUUCAGAGUGUGCAACUCGACCUGGUCAGCAACUGGAAGUAGAGGAGUGUUCACAGUCUGGUGAUGAAUGUGUCACCUCGAUAUCGGCGGGACUAACGAGACGCGGCUGCCUGGCGCGACUCUAUCCCAAUGGCUAUUGUGCCGCACCAUGUGACCGAUGCAAUACGAGUCUAUGCAAUCGACACGUUUAUCCCACGGAUCGUUUGCGAUGCUAUCAGUGCAGUGGAUCGGACUGCAUCGAUGUGACCGCUCGACCGCAGUAUCUGCUGCCAUGUCCGUUCUAUCGGGAAGAUGACAGGUGCUACACGAACGUCAUCCACUUGUCCAAUACCCAGCGUGGCUGUGAGUACACCAAUCUGCCGGCCACAUGUCCGCAUGUCUGUCUAAAGUGCAAUUACAAUGGCUGCAAUGCGGAAAAGACUGUCACGGAAUCGCGUUGCCUUCAAUGCACCCACAAUCGAUUGGCUCCGAAUCCAGAUUGUUUGAGAGAUCAAGAUCCCCAGUCGGAACCAGAAGAUCUGCCCAAAUGCUCUCUAAGCAACACAACUUUGACCCAUUGUGUUAACAAAGUGAUGUACGGACAUCGGGAAAAUUGCUUUAGCUAUCGAAACACUCAAACGGAAGUCCUCCAGAGGGGUUGCUCCACCACAAUGGGAUUCUAUCCCACUGGCGAACUUAGCGAAUGCCACGGUGAAUUCUGCAAUGCCAACUGCCAGGAUAUAGUUUGUGCUGUUUGCAAUUCCACCGCAGAUCCUAACUGUCGGUCCGGCAGGAGUUUGCCAACGGAAAAGUGCACAGCGGGAACCACAGCCUGCUAUUCCUGCGAGCAAGGUUAGGGUGAGUGGAUUGUUAAACAUUUAAGACACCUUUUUCGAAUUACUGCAGAUACCUUCCUGCGGCGAGGCUGUGCGGACACGGACUUUGCACCUGCCGCUCUGGGCGACAGUUGUCAGUUGUGCCGUGAUGCGGAUUCCUGCAAUCGCUACUCCGUCCGGAGUUGCUAUCGCUGCAGUGCCCAGGAUCAGGAUACGGAUUGUGCAGCAAUGGACUUACCCUCAGCAAUGACAACAAGUAAUUGCUCUAGCUCUACUGAGCUGUGUGUAAGUACAGUUGUUAGCCGACUUGACGGUAUAUAUACGGUGCGAGGAUGCGAGAGUGAAGUACCGGAAUGCUCCGCCAAUGAUCCCUAUUGUGUUCGGUGCAAUGGAAGCCUAUGUAACACUGCACCAACUCUCUGGCGGCAAAGCCAACUCGAUUUAGUUACGGAUCAAAACUUUCCCAAUAACUGGUGGUCACUACUGCAGUACUGGUGGUCCAGAAAGCUCCGAUAAUCAUACAUACAUUAAAUGAAUGGGUGUUUGUACUCAAUAGCCAAUAACUGAUUUAUGGGCGGGGACGAUGAGCGGGCAUGUUUGGACGGCGGUAAUGAAGCGAAAAUAACGCCCCCUCACCAAAAAACCAACAAAAGUACUCCGGACAAACAAGCCACGAAUGAGUUAUGCGGCCAUACUACUGCCUAUUAUUGUUCAUCUGAAGUAUUGAUUUCAUAUAUAUAAAUAAUAGAUCACCUUUUAUGUGAUUUAAAUAAGUUUGUGAAUGAAUCUUGAUACAUUUUUUAUUUCUGUGGGAAAAUACAUACUUUUACAAAAGCUUCAUAAAGCUGCUAUAUCUGCUAAUAUAUAAGGUCCUUGGAUUGGUUGUUUUCUCCUAAUUAAUAAUUACUCAAAGCUGCUAUAUUCAAAAUCUCAAGGCCAGUUUGCUUCUAUACAUUCAUAUAUUUAAUAAAUUUGUCUUAAACGUCCAGUAAAGUAAAAUAAUAAAUACAAAAAUUAGCGGGAUUUAAGAGCUUAUUCCAGUUGAAAACUGGUUAGCUAAAGGCGGAAACCAAAUGCAAAUUUGUUUGCUUUUGCUUUUGGCUUGCCCUCUGCAGUUUGCGCUUUGUUGUUUCUUUUGCUUUUGCUUUUGGUUUUGCUUGUGUUUCUGUUUCUGCUUUUGUUAGCUCACGCGCAGCCGAAUUAUAACGGCUGUCCGUUGUUGCUUUUUUGUUGUUAUUUUCGCUGAUAAUGAAAUGAUGGGCACUGCAAAUAGCAGCAACAACAGCGAGCCGCAUAAUAGACAGGCACGCCCCCGCCCGGUCGCCGCCAAUCACCCCUAUUUUCCACGUCACACAUUCUGUUUUGCAGUGGGAAAGUGUGGAAAAUUUGCGAGUUUUUCGUUGCCGUCGAGAAGGUGAUGAUGAUAAUUAAGUUGUUGGGCACCGAGCGACGAAACUUUAGCAAAAUUUAUUAAUUGAAUUUCAUCCCGAAACGGGGAGAUAGUACUAAAUGCUAGACAGAGAGAGGCGAAACCAUCGCUCCCACGAUGAAAUUGAAAAUGAAAUGAAACUAUAAGAGUAGCGGAAUACAGUGCGCACUGUUGUACCGCAAAUCAUUAAGCCACUUUUAUAUUAUCUCGUAUUCAGCUUAAUUUAAGUUGAUAUCAAAAGCAAUUGCUAGUAACUAACAAAUGUAUUAGUAUCUUUAAAAUUGAUCUCAAAUCGUGUAUUAUAUAUUUGUUUUCUGAUUCAAAGUUCCCUGUGUCUACUGUACAUGAGUAACGAAAUACAGUAAAAUGAUUGAUAG